AUGGGUUCUACUUCCUAUAAUCCCGAUGGUGAACCAAGCCCAUUGUCGUCCCCCGUGGGACCCCUUUCCGCGUCGCCCGAGUCGGACCCUUUUAUGAGACGCCUCUCUGGGCACACUGAGGACUCGAUGAAAUACUCUGCAGACACACUCUCCUCGGGCUAUGAUCAUCUUUCCAGGUCUUCUCUGCUGGAUCCUGAACAUGGACUUGGCCCAUCUGGUCUAGAUCGCAUACGUCAACAGCCAUCACGCGUCUUUACCCUUCCGAACAUGUCUGCCUCAUCGCUCGCACCGAUGACCUCACGUAGCCAUUCACCUUCACCACGCUCCGCUUCUUCGACCAGAGCCCACCCCUCACGCCUCCCGUCGACCGAAGAAUUCGGCACAUUAGAAGAUCUCCAUCGCUUCCCGUGCGAAUCGCUACAUUCAUUUUCCUUUGCCCAACAAUCCGAGGAACUACUGAAUAAUCGCCAUAACAUACUGAAAAGGUCAAUAGACUUCAUGCGCGACCGCUUCGGCUGGACCACCAGCAACAGUGCGGGGCUUGCUGGCGCUCAGGCUCGAUUCGGUGGAGAUGCUGAUACCCAGAGUGUGGUGGACUACUUGUCGAAAACCAGUGUUUCGGGCAGGGAUGACCGCUACAACUACGCUGGGUUAUCGCGCGGACCAAUGACCGGACCUGCUGAUGUGGACAGUGGCAAUAUCUUUGAAAGGGCAUUUGCAGAACCCCAGCUUUCCGCGGACCAGUUCAGGGACAUGGUCCAGGAGCAGGGACCGCCCGAUGCCCUGCGUUCCUCGGGCCAGGCAUCAGAAGAUCUAGCGUCCCCGCUGAGGACAGACUCGAGGCCGUACCCCAGGCGCGUAAGCAUAAAAAAACCACCCUUCACCGCCACGGACCCCUUAUCUCCUACCAGUACCUCAAGUCUAGGAUAUGGUUUCCCGGUUCCUGUCCUACACACCCACAGCAGCAAGUGGACACCCGCAUCACAAGCCGUGUUCAGGACCGAGUCGCAUGAACCAUGGACCAUCUUGGCGGCGAAUGACAUCUCGUGCCUCAUCUUUGGUGUCACACAAGCGGAACUCCGCAAGCUAAGUAUCCUCGAAGUCGUACAGAAAGACCGCAGACAGUGGGUUGAGUCGAAACUGCGGGACCCCACCACUGAUGCUGCCGUAAGGGCCCAACCUUCGCCGGAUAAGACUCGUGUCAAGCCUGUGAAUCCGAAAUCGAUGGGAAUGGGCAAUGGUGUAACAGCGCAGCUGCUCAGCAAGCCUCCUUCUCGAGCAAGGGCUCCGAGGAGGGCCCAGACUGAUGACGGAUACGGCUCGAGCGCAAGGCAGCUGAAUCACCCGGCAACCAAGUCCCGAGGUGUACUGCUGUGCGGAGAUGUGGUACCCAUUGAAAAGCGCGAUGGCAAGAGAGGCUCUGCCAGCAUCUGGGUGAUGGAAAAGCGUGGUGGUUUGAUUUGGGUGAUGGAAGAGAUCCAGGAGAAUGUCGCGUUCGUUCGCUGCGAUGAAUCCUGGAACAUUGCUGACGCCACCGGCGAUAUUGACAAAGUCUGGGGUCAGGGUGCGGCGAAAACUGGAGAACGGAUCACGGAGUUGCUUCCUAAUCUUCCACCAGACUGCCUUGAAUCUCCUAUCGAUCAAGGUCUCAACAAAAUCACCGAGAAGAAGUACUUCGCUUCUCGCACAUCAGCUGGAAUAUGCAUACCGUCCACCAUCACCAAGGGCGACAGCUCAAGAUCCCUUCGAAUAUCGAGCUUUCCUCAUGUCGCAGGUAUGAUGGUGCUGUCCUCUUCGACCUUAAAAAUUGUCAGCUCCAAUUCCGUCUUCUCGUCCGCGCUGUUUGGACAUGAGCGACCUGAAGGCUUACACGUUAAUGAUUUGAUACCUGGCUUCGACGGCUUGCUGAACGUGCUCACCGAGGAGGAGAGUGUACCGCUGGUUGACGGUCUGGUGAUCUCUGAACCCAGUUUCCGGAGAGCGCGCACCCUCUCUAUUCUCCGCGAUGGCAAAUCCAAUGUGGCCUCGGUCUUCCUAGAACCAUCUGGCCUUGCUGCCGUGCAUCGCGAUGGCUCCUCGAUUGCUGUAGAUGUCCAGAUGCGUGUGGCCAAGAGCGGCACAAUGUUCCCCAAGGCACGAGAGGAUCCCAAUUCAGGAGACCACAGCGACUCGGAGUUUGAAGCGGUCACAGAGCUUGUAUACGCACUUUGGGUGACAUAUUCGAGACAUAUCCACUCGGCAGCUCCCGCGGCUGGCUUCCCUUCUCCGCCGUCCCGGACAGAAAGCCCGUCUUCUAUAUCUGCAUCGAAUCUGGCUUCCACAACGGCUUCUACUCCCUAUGCCAUUGGCUCGGAGCGGACAUUGGUAGAGACGCAUAUACCGACCUCUACCUUAAGCCAGCAGUUGAGUGAAGCAGCUUCGCAACCGCUAACAGACAAACCAGUCCAGCCAGUGCCCGAAGUAAGACCGGCUGGUACCAAAGAGGUGCCCCAAAAACGAACAAUUGCCGAUUACAUUAUCCUCGAAGAGAUGGGUCAAGGAGCCUACGGAGAAGUGAAGCUUGCGCGCAUGAAGAAGAUUCCGACCAAGAAAGUCGUUCUGAAGUAUGUUACGAAGAAACGGAUUCUUGUCGAUACAUGGACCCGCGAUCGUCGUCUAGGAACGGUACCAUUAGAAAUCCACGUUCUGAACUAUCUCCGACGCGACGGUCUGAAGCAUCCCAACAUCGUGGAAAUGGAGGGAUUUUUCGAGGACGAUAUCAAUUAUUACAUCGAGAUGACCCCACACGGGCUACCUGGAAUGGACCUCUUCGAUUACAUUGAGCUGAAAGCGAAUAUGGAUGAGGCUGAAUGCCAGAACAUCUUCAAGCAGGUUGUGGACGCAAUUCAUCAUCUCCAUACGAAGGCUUUGGUCGUGCAUCGCGACAUCAAAGACGAGAACGUCAUUUUGGACGGAGAAGGUCGGAUUAAGCUGAUUGAUUUUGGGAGUGCCGCCUAUAUCAAGAAUGGACCCUUUGAUGUGUUCGUGGGCACGAUUGAUUACGCGGCACCCGAGGUACUUCAGGGCAAAUCCUACCGAGGCAAGGAGCAAGACAUUUGGGCCCUUGGUAUCUUACUCUACACCAUCGUCUACAAAGAGAAUCCCUUUUACAAUGUUGACGAAAUCUUGGAUCACCCUCUUCGAGUCCCGUUCUUACCCUUCUCGGAGGAUUGCAUCGACCUUAUCCGGAGGAUGCUUGACCGAGAUGUGGACAACCGACUGACGAUCAGUGAAGUUUUGGAGCAUCCAUGGAUGAUUGACAGUUGA